GACUUGUUCUCGUCUCGUGUCCCUUCUCGUGCCAACUCAAAAUGAACGCGGCAGGAGUGAAGAAGGCAAAUCUAUUCCGAGACACCUCUCCAACUCCUCCUGAGGCCGACCUACGCGAUGUUCUCGACGCGUUAUACAACGAUCAGGCACACACGCCGCCAACAACGGAAAAGGAGAUCAGAGACGACAUACGCGCAGCAUCUCCAUCUAAAGCACGCGGCCUAGAUGACAAUAUUGACAGAGUCCUGCAAGCAGAAACCGCUCAGCUUACAACUCACCCGACAAGGAUCCACAACCGAAGCCUACGUCUUGGAUACUGUCUAGCCCAUUUCCGCGAGUCGCUCUCCACGCCGUUACCAAGAAAAUAUACAAAGAAUAGAAUCGCAGAGUUGGCCUGGUGGCCAAUAUCUUGGUGUUCGACGUUUCUGGUGCCUUCGAUGACAUCUCGCAUGUUCGCCUGCUCGAUAACCUGCAUAAAAGGCGAGUGGAUGAGAAGAUAGUCAAGUGGAUCGCAAGCCUCCUCAGUAACAUAUACACGAGCACAACUAUCGACGGCACAGGCAAAUUGAUAUCAAAAGUUUGAUCCGGAUCCUAUAGGGCUGGAUAGAACCAACAGCGACUCGCAAGUACCUCGGGCUGACCAUGGACCCCAAGCUGCACUAGAGGGGACACAGAAGAGAUAAAGCAGAAGGCGACAAAGACAGUGACUGCGCUCAGCUAACU